UUUCACAAUUUGAGUUGAAUUACUGAAAUAAAUGAACUUUUCCACAACAUUCUAAUUUAUUGAGAUGCACCUCUAGAAUUGUUAUAGUGUUCUGGCUUAUUUUGUUGUAGCUUAUCUUCUAACUUGUUUUGUAACAGUUCUAAUUUAGAUUAAAACAUUGAUCAACAUCAACAGUUUAAGGCCAGUAGUCCUUAGCGAUACAUUUAAUAUUUGACAUGAAAACGGCUGAGGAUAGAAAUACAGUGUGUUCAAUGGACUGUACUGUUCUUUAACAACAUAGCGACUGUUCAGCUGACAAGUGUUGAACCAGUGAAACAUCUUAAAAGCUCUGUCCUCUUCACAGUAUUAAUGCUGUAAUUGAAUGACUGUUGAUUUAUAGAGUCCUGAACCGCAGUCUAAUGCACUGCUGCUUUUAAAUCAAAGUUUAGACAGAAUAUUUGUAUUUAUGUAUGUCUGGUUGAAUUGAAUCUGGUUUGAUACAAUGCAUUUGCUUUGUUUAUACCUAAUGACUGUUGAUGUUUAUGUAUAUACUUAUAUAAAAGAGAAACCCAGAGUUACAAUAGGUUUUUUCUCUUUUGAAAGAAACAAAAGUUCUGAAAUAGAUUUGAAAAACUCAUGCAUUUAAAUGAUGUCUUAUCUUCCAUGUUACCAUUUAAGUCACAUAAGAAGACAUGUAUAUUCAUUGUGACAGCCUUAUUGUGUUUAACUGGUUCUCACAUCUAGAGGAACUCCAUAUAUGGUCUGUUCACGUAUAGGCAGGUCAGGAUUAUAUCAAACCAAAAGAAACACAAAGCAGUUGGGCAGGAAACACCUUUGUAAAGGUGUGGCCUUGUAUUUUUGUGCUGAGUAUACAGGGGAAAAGACUGGGUCUAACAAGAUACAUGCUAAGCUACAGAUUCAGUUUUCUCUCAGUCUUUACAACAAAUAUCACUGUCGAACCACUGCAAUGACAACGUCCCAAAAACACAGGCGUUUCUGUUCUGAGCCGAUGGGGGAUAAACUUGUGUAUGAGCUUCCUGGAAUUGGUCCUGUGCUGGGCAGACGAUUACAGAACCGAGGAAUAAUACGAGCACAGAAUGUCCUGGGGCGGUUCCUGGCCCUGAACAAGGAUGAGUGGAAGUUUAAGAACUGGCUUAGAGACACCUGUGGGGCAAAUGCAAAGCAGCAGAGGGACUGUUACAACUGUCUGAGAGAAUGGACAAGUAAUAAUUUAUAAAGAGAAAAAUGACGACAACUUUAUCAGAUAACCUAAUAAUAUUGCAUAUUGUAUUUCUGUUCACAUUUAAGACUGUAGCCUAUGUAUGUUAUGUAUGUAGGCUGUGUCUGUCUGUCUACAAAUGUAUCCAGAUAAUGUUCAUUUAGAAUGUACAUUUUCCAGCGAAAUAUGAAUUUGACCAUUAGUCCACUGCAUGGCAGCUGUUUUUAAAAGCAUUAUUGGGUCAUUCCUAUAGUUUUAUUUAUUUUAUUAUUAUUUUAAUGUCCCCAUGAAACAAUAUUGCAUAUUUUAUAAAAUUUUACUCAACUUUCAGAUUCAUUAUUUGUAAUAACUGGAACCUAAGAAUAAUUUUUGAAGGCACCUCCCAUGACAAAUUCCCAUGUCUCAAAUAAUGUUUUCUCAAUAUCACUUCACACAAUACAUUAUAUUGUGAUACAUAUUUUUAAUGCAUAAAACCAUUAAAUUAGUUCAUGUAUCUCAAUCUCCAGUCCACCCUGUUAUAGUGGUGCCACUUGCCCUUAAAAUCUUAAACAAAUGCCCUGAAUCACAUGACUUGCUAGAAGUGUCAUCAUUUCCUUGGAGGGAAAACAACUUCCGUCUUAAACUUCUCUGUGUUCUUUAUUUUUAGAAGUAUUCUCUAAUAGCAUAAAACAUAAUGUCCACCAUGUUGUGUCAAUUUAUAUUUUUAUACAUCUAUUAAACAUCGUAACUGUUAAUCAUCUUUUGGCAUGUUGUUCUUUUCUAGUCAGUAUGGGUUUUGUUCGUUUAAAAUAUUCACUCUGUUACACAUUGCAUUUUUAAAUGUCUUGUAACAGGAUGGAGAAUCAUGGAAGAUGUUUUCUGUGGAAGUUCAUCAUCGUGUUGAUUUAUAGCCUGCACGAUUUAAUCACAUAAGCCACUUCAUCUGUUAAAGAUCAUUCUAUGAUUCUAUUUCCUCCAUCGAGUUUAAUAUCGUUUUUUUUUUUUAGAUUGUUUGUUCAUUCAUACAGUAGGUUAGGCUAGCGUCACUGGAAAGGAACGUAGGGUAGAAUUUAUGUAUAAAUAAAUGGACAAUUUUUAUGAUGUAGGCCGGAAAUGAGCUUCCCCUCUUUGAAAGACCAGCAGCCGCCACUGGCAUAGAUAUAGGCCUAUAAUAGAUAUGCCAAGUAGAAAUUGUAAAUAUAAAAUAGUAAACAUAUUUCAGAAUUAUACUGUUUUGUUGUACUUUGGAUCAUAUAAAUGCAGGCUUGGUGAGCAGAAGA